AUGCUUGCUACUCCGAGAAUCAUUGCCACGGCUGUGGGAGCCUCCGUCGGCUUCGCGGUUCUGGCCAAUGCUGGCUUCAGCUCCUCGACUGCCGACAAUGUGGCAGUCUACUGGGGGCAGAACUCGUACCAACAGCCUACAGGAAGCCUAUACUCUCAACAAAGGCUCUCGUACUACUGCUCUGACACUAAUAUAGAUAUAAUUCCUCUUGCUUUCCUGGACGCUAUUUCAACACCCGUUGUCAAUUUUGCGAAUGCUGGCGACAACUGUACCGCCUUUUCGGGGACUACCCUGCUGAGCUGCUCACAGUUAGAGGAGGAUAUUCAGACUUGCCAGUCCACAUAUGGCAAGACAAUUCUUCUCUCCGUCGGUGGAGCAACGUACACAGAGGGUGGCUUCAGCACAUCGACAGCGGCUACAGCAGCUGCGGACAACAUCUGGGCCAUGUUUGGCCCUGUCCAGACCUCCAGCAGCGUGAACCGGCCAUUUGGAAACGCUGUGGUUGAUGGUUUUGAUUUCGACUUCGAGUCUUCCACGUCGAAUAUGGCCGCCUUUGCAGAACAGCUUCGUGCCAGCAUGGACGCCGCUACCGCUGCGGGUGGAAAGGAGUAUUACUUGUCGGCAGCGCCUCAGUGUCCGUAUCCAGAUGUUGCAGACAACGACAUGCUGUCUGGUGCCGUGUAUUUUGACUUCAUUAUGGUGCAGUUUUACAACAACUACUGCGGACUCCAGUCCUUUGUCUCCGGCUCGUCAUCGCAGAACAACUUCGACUUCAGCACAUGGGACACUUGGGCGCAAUCCGUCAGCAAAAAUCCCGACGUGCGCAUUCUUGUCGGAAUUCCAGGAAGCUCUACUGCUGCUGGCUCUGGGUACGAGUCUGGAAGUACCCUGGCGUCCAUUGUGACGUAUUUGAAGCAGUUUCCCACUUUCGGAGGCAUCAUGAUCUGGGAUAUGUCUCAGGUCUACGCCAACUCGGGGCUUCUGGACGCCGUUGUGGCCGAUCUGAAAUCGGCAGCCUCCACAACAACUGCGACAACCGUCCCUUUGGCCACACCAACGACCAGUCCGACGAAACCGACGAGUGAAACACCCCCGAGCUCACCGAGAGCUGCGAUUACACCAACGGGAACGAUCCCGGCAGAGAUGACACCGACAGAAGCCUUAACGACCGAAUCGACACAGAUAGCAGUAACUCAGACAGCCGCCGCGACCGGGCUCUGCACCCAGUCCACCAUCGUUUCGACAACGACAGUCACAGUCACCGUGACGGGCGACAGUGCCACAACCCCAACUAUUCCCACCAAUACUACAUUUACAACCAAAACUACAUCGGCCACCCAGACUGCAAAACCAGUAUCGCAAUGGGGUCAGUGCGGAGGCACCGGCUACACCGGCUCGACCACAUGUGCAAGCCCCUAUAGCUGUGUUAUUUUGAGUGUCUGGUGGGCUCAGUGCGAGUAG